GUCCGCCGCGUGAGCAUACCUCGGUUUCAGGCACCCUAGCCCCGCCGUAUUCGAAAUGCGCAGACUUUGAGCAGCGACGACAUUGAUCUUCUCCCUCGCCAUCCUGCUAAUAAUUAAUUCGUCGUAAUCUUCACUUUUCUAGGCACACGACACAUUCAAAAAUGGCAGCGGCGACCAACAACCCCCUCAACGGCACACUCAGCGCCACCGACCUCCCCGUAUCCUCGCAAACCUUCACAAUCGCCGGCAUCCUCGUGGAUAUUCAUGGCCUCGAUCAGCUGCCAUCGUCCGUCUCCUCGGUCGCCUGCCUAUGGCUUCUCAACCCGCGUCUGCAGACCAAAGAAACCAUGGCCCCCAUCGCUCGCCGCGUCAUCUCAUCAUGGAACAAGCGCAUACAAGAGGGUCGCGCAGGCAAGAACCCAAAGGGUCUGAUCGCCGCUGCCUUUGACCAGCGCAACCAUGGGUCACGCAAAGUAGACGACAUGCACAACCAAGCAUGGCGGGAGGGCAACGAGCGACACGCGCAAGACAUGUUCGGCUGCUAUCAUGGCACCGCAAACGACACCUCGCAACUCAUCAACCACCUGGAAUCCUACAUCUUCACCACAAGAGAAUCCCCGAAGAUUACCCAGCACUUCGCCCUCGGCAUCUCGCUCGGCGGUCACGCGACCUGGCACUGUCUACUCGGCGACGCGCGCAUCACCGCCGGCGUCGUCGGCAUCGGCUGCCCAGACUACACACGCCUAAUGACGGACCGCGCUCGCCUCUCGAAAAGGAAAACCUACACUGAAUCCACGCCGCCCGCCUGCGCCUUCCUUGGCUCCCCCGAUUUCCCACUCGCCCUGCAGGACGCCAUUGCACAAUAUGACCCCGCUGGUCUGCUCCUCCCUGGCAUGUUUAACCCCGUGGGCGACGACACACCGCCAGACCAGGCUAAACUUGAUAGAAUGAAACAGUUGAUGAGGGAACGGUUACAGGGGAAACGCAUACUCAACCUCAGUGGCAAGAUUGAUAAAUUAGUCCCGUAUGCUGCUGGCAAACCCUUUUUAAACAUCUUCAAGCGUGUGUUGGCUGAAGACACUAGCUUGGAUAUUGGCUUUGAUGAUGUCCUGUUUGAUGGUGUUGGGCAUGCGUUUCCUAAACCCAUGGCUGAUAAGGCUGCGGAGUGGCUUUGUGAUAUUCUUGCCAAAGAUGGGGAUGGCGGUCAGGUUUCAAGCAAGAUAUAG